AGGCUGGUCUAGCCGUCUAGGUUUGAAAUCCCCGGGAAAUGUCAGAAUUCGCGCUUAAACCGAUGGUGUAGAUGGAAAGAACAAAGAGAUAAUGUCGCAGAUUAAUAUCAUCGGACGGUCCGGGGUCCGGCGUCCGGCGUAGUUGAAACUUGAAGAUCGAAAUCCCAGUAACCCAGUAACCCAGUUGCACCCGUCCAGUGUAGAACUGCAAGAAUGCGAGUACGUUCUGAUUUCUGAUUUAUAAGAUAGCGAGGUUCAGGAGCAAAGCAGAGCAAACCAUUGAAGAGAUGGAGGAAAGGGAGAUGAACUCCGAGCUUUCUCGGUUUCUAGAAUUCGGCAUUUUUCGACUCCCAAGCUCUAAUGCCAUUUUUAUGGAUCCUGUUCGUGUCCUCAACUCUUCUUAUUCCCGAUUUAGGGUUUCUCCUCGCUCUUACUACUCUCGCUCGUUUGAAUCUAAGACCGGAAGAGAAACUGAGGCUUCCGUAAAUCCGAGAAAACGGAAGCUUAAACAGAGAAAACCAUAUUCUCUCAACGAAAGAGAGCUAAUCGCUGACCAACGUCAUCAGGAAGCAAGGCCUCUGUUGCUAGGUGCAUAUGAAGCUUUUCUCGGAGCUGCUGGUCUUUUAUCGUUUCUGCCCAAUAUGAAGGGUGAUCCGGUCGAAGAUGAACACCUGGUAACGUCCGUUGGAAGGGAGGUUGAACAGUCUUUGCUUGAACUUGGCAGCGUUUGGCAAGCCCCUCUGUAUGAAAUCUCUCUUCAUUUCCGUCGACAAAAUAGGCUCGCUGAAGACGGAGGUUCCCAGAUUGUACAAUAUGCUGAAAGAGAAGUGGUGCCAAUAUUUAAUAACUUCGUUAUUAAUGAGACAAGCGAGGAUGUGGAGGCGGAAUUUCUUGGCAGCUUGUAUAUAAUACCCAGGGAGAGCUGCUUCCACAUGUCUGACUUGAAGCAAAUUCAGAACCUGAUUCCUGCUCAGAGUGAUCAAGGCUUUAACCUUAUAGUCAUUGAUCCACCUUGGGAGAACAAAAGCGCACGCCAGAAAUCAGUGUACCCUACGUUGCCUAAUAGAUACCUUUUGUCCAUUCCUAUUAAGAAACUAACUCAUACAGAAGGAGCACUUGUGGCCUUAUGGGUGACAAAUAGGGAGAAAUUGCGGGUUUUCAUUGAGAAAGAAUUGUUCCCAAUGUGGGGUGUCAGAUAUGCAGCUAUCUUUUACUGGUUGAAGGUGAAAGUGGAUGGAUCCUUGAUCAGUGAUUUAGACCUCUUCCAUCAUAGACCAUAUGAAUGUCUUCUCCUGGGCUACAGUAGUAGUGAGGGAGUGAAUACUGGACAUCAUUCAAUUUUUAAACCUGUACAUGGUAAUGAAGUCAUCAUUAGCAUCCCUGGUGAUUAUUCGAGGAAGCCACCAAUCGGAAAGUUGCUAUUGGAUUAUGUACCAGGGCCAAAGCCUGCUCGGUGUAUUGAACUAUUUGCUAGAGAACUAUUGGCUGGAUGGACUUCAUGGGGUAAUGAACCCCUUCACUUUCAGGAAUCAAGAUAUUUCCUGAGAAAGAAGAUAGAAGAAUAAUGAUUUGUGAAAGGCACCUGACAAUUGGUGCAGAAUCUCUAGAGAGUGGGAAGUUGCCGGCUCCAAAGGCAGUCCUUUGAGGCCAUGCCUCUUUUUUAUGUUGCACAGCCUCUUCUUUUGCUUGAAGUUCACUUUUGGGCACUGUUUUUAAAUUGUCCUGAAGUGGGUGGAAAUGAACAAGGACUGUAGAUAAGAAAAUGGAAUGUGGAAAAAGGAACUGAACUUUACUACAGCAGUUCGGUUGUCUAAGAAAACAAGAUGAAAAGUUGAGACAAAAUAAUUUUCCUGUAUUUGGUUGUCCAGAAACAGAGGGUACACCUUUAUUCUUAUUACCAUUGCUCAGAGAAUUUAUACUAUCAGAUGCUUAAGGCUGAAGCUGAGUUAAUGACUGGGAUACAAGUAGAACAAAAGGAGAAAACAUGAGAAGAUAGUAGGGAGGCAUUUCUGCUUGUGGAUAGACAGAUUGAAAUUAGUUUUCCAAUUAAAAGUUCAUUUUUUUUUUC